ACAUUUGGAAGAAAAAAACAAUGAAAACGAAAAUAAAUAACUAAGGAACAAUAUCAAGCAAUAAUAAACAUUGUGUGUAAAUAAUAGAAAAUGCCUGAAAGUGCAUUGCCAGACCCAAUCCGUGCUACCUUGAACGGCAGCAUUUUCGGCCAACGAAGAGAGGACAUCUUUCGACGACUGCAACAAACUGCGCAACAGACGAGUCAAAAUUAUGGUGGUAAACGAGAAUUAGCCACUGAAACGGACGAUGUGGUGCUGGAGUUGUGCGAAGCCCUUGAAGAAACUUUCGCAUACGGGCUCCGCCAAACGGUGAAUGUAUCAUUGACAGCCGUCAGUUUAUUUCAAAAUAUGCACGAGAUCGUCUUGGGUGGAAAUGGGGGCGGAGGUGAAGUUAACGCUCACAAUGAAACCACAUUCUGGGAUUUCUGUCAAUCGCAUUUGACACCACACGAACGUCAACGCUACGAGGAACUGAAGCAAAUCUGGACAAAACAAGGCCGUGGACGCGCCUUCAUACGCGCGAUGCUUAAUGAGAAGCGCCUGCAAAGUCAUGUGCUAACCUGGCUAAGUAAUGAGGCUCAAAUGCAGCGCUAUUACACUCCUUGGUCGCUGUUGCUCAACGAGGAAGCAGCUAAGAAGCUACCCGGCAUUCUGAUUAGCCUUCAAGAUGUUCUCUUUGCCCUGAACGUUGAAAAUCCGGAGCUUAACGCACCGAAAAGACAGACAGUACAAUCGGUAAAUGCCGUGAGGGAGGAACCCAUUAUAUUCCCACCUCAGCCCGUGCCCGUCGCUGUGCGGAAGCCAGGACGCAAUGCCUCUGCUGUAGAGAGACCCAUUGCAUGCGCCACAUCAACGGAGGAUCUGUUAGGCGCUCUAAGUCCGCGCGAAAUGUUGGAAGUGCAGCAGAUUUUAUCAAAAGAUGCUGUAGAACAGGAACUGUUGGAGCACGCCAUUAAUGUGCUCCCCAUUAAUGUAACGCCCUGUGAUCCCAUUGGCCCAGAACUAGAGUUUCUUAAGACGCCACUAACCGAUGUUUAUCCAACACACCAAGAUCAGGAUGAAGAGCAGGAACAAGCAGCUACAAAUGCUAUUGAUCAGGAACUCUUUGAGGAUCGCAGUGAUACUUCUUCCCAGUGGAGCAAGUCAUCAUCCUCGGGUAAUGGCGGGGGCAACAGUCAGCAGGCGACGGCGUUGGAGGAUCAAGUGAUGCUAUUAAACGAGAAAUGCGCUUUGCUGGAAACACGCGUAGCUGAGUUGACCCUACAAAAUCGCCAAUUAGUUCGUCGCCUCACCAAGCAGUUCAAUGAAACGGGCAUCAAUCCGGAGUCAUCGUUUUGUUCCAACUUUCUGAUCACCAUUCCACAGGUUAAACUCGUCAAGUCCCAUCGUUCGGGCUCCCACUACGUCUACGAGAUCCACAUAACAAUGCGUCAGCGGUUGGAGCAUUGGACACUAUUUCGACGCUAUAAUGAAUUUAAUAAACUACAUAAAUCCUUGCUCCGCACUCAUCCCAACAUUAGCUCAAUCGAGUUUCCACCGAAGAAGCAUUUUGGAAAUAUGAAUCUCGUCUUUGUCGAAGAGCGCCGACAGCAACUGCAAAUCUAUUUAUUAAAUAUUGUGGAGACAUUACCGCAGGUGGAGGCAUGCAAGUCCAAGGGGGAGCUCCAAAAGGCAUUUCCAUUCUUCCGGGAGCGAUAGCACAGAUAAAGGCUAAAUUAGAUCAAACUCGAAGUGACACUGAAAGUAUUUUUGUUAUGUUUAUCAAAUAUUAAUUUAAAUGUAUAAAUGGGGAGUAGGCUUUGUAACAGUCACCAAGUGCUGAUACUUAUUGAUAUUAAAUAAAUAUAUAAGUAAUUCUCGAAAA